AUGGCUAAUUCGUUCCGUUUGUGGCCGCACGGACUGUUAGUCUGUGUAGUGCUCUCUUAUGUGCCGUCUGUGUCGACAGAAAUUUUCACCCCUCAAGACUGCGGAGAUCUCUUAGCAGAAGGGUUCCAAACCAGUAGGGAUUAUAUUGUCGGCUACCCCCAGCCAUUCCAUGUGUACUGUGACAUGGACACUGAUGCCGGCGGAUGGACGGUCAUACAGCGGCGACAGGACGGGUCCGUGCCGUUUGACAAGACUUGGACUGAGUACGAGCAGGAAUUUGGCAAUCCUACUGAAGAAUUCUGGGCGGGAUUGGGAACCAUACACGAUCUAACAACACAAAAGCAAAACGAGUUGUAUGUCUACUUGGAAGAUUGGGAAGGACACUCUCGACAUGCUCGGUACAGCGUGUUUUCUGUAGGAGGCGCAAGCGGCAACUACCAGGCAACUCUUAGCGGGUACACCGGGGAUGCUGGUGACGACUUGACUCUAGCUGACGAAAAUGGACGCCACAGCAUCGAUGGCAGAGAAUUUUCUACCAAAGACCAGGACAACGACGACAGCAGCAGCCACUGUGCAAGUACAUACGGACAAGGCGGAUGGUGGUACCCUGCAAGCUGUGGAUACGCCAUGUUAAACGGACAGUACCUGACGGCAUGUUCCGACACUUCUACCUGCGACAGUGCACAGGGUAUUACAUCGACGAAUGCAGCAGCAAUAGCAACAACUGUGCCCCCCAAGCGACAUGUACCAACACUGCAGGGUCCUUCAGCUGUACCUGUAAUACAGGCUACACUGGGGAUGGAGUUACGUGUACAGAUGUGA